CGGGCACUUUGCUGGUCGCGGCGGGUGGGGCGUGGCACAGGUGAGAACCCGGCAGCCGAGUGUCCCCGACCCCGGCCUCAGCGGCGCUGCUCGUUGUUCCGGUUCCCGGCACGACUGGGCACCUCUACUGGCUGGCGUGGAACGGCCGCGGUGCAGGGGAUGGCACAAAAGAAGUAUCUUCAAGCAAAACUGACCCAGUUUUUAAGGGAAGACAGGAUUCAACUUUGGAAACCUCCAUAUACAGAUGAAAGUAAAAAAGUUGGUUUGGCAUUAAAGGGGCUUGCUAAGAAGUACUCUGACAAACUAGAAUGCUGUGAAAGUGAAGUGGAAAAGAUCAUAGAAGAAAUACGUUGCAAGGCAAUUGAGCGUGGAACAGGAAAUGAAAAUUAUAGAACAACAGGAAUUGCUACAAUUGAGGUGUUUUUACCACCAAGACUAAGAAAAGAUAGGAAAAACUUGCUGGAGACCCAAUUGCACGUCACCGGCAGAGAACUGAGGUCUAAAAUAGCUGAAACCUUUGGAUUUCAAGAAAAUUACAUCAAAAUUGUCAUAAAUAAGAAGCAACUGCAACUAGGGAAAACCCUUGAAGAGCAAGGAGUGACUCACAACGUAAAAGCGAUGGUGCUUGAACUAAAACAGUCUGAAGAGGAUAUGAGGAAAAACUUCCAGUUAGAGGAAGAGGAACAAAAUGAGGCCGAACUCAAAGAAAAACGAAUUGAGAGGACCAAGAGAGGACUAGAAAUACUGGCAAAGAGAGCCGCUGAGACGGUGGUGGAUCCAGAAAUGACGCCAUACUUAGACAUAGCUAACCAGACAGGCAGAUCCAUCAAAAUUCCCCCAGAAGAAAGAAAAGCCCUUAUGUUAGCUAUGGGAUAUCAUGAGAAGGGCAGAGCUUUCCUGAAAAGAAAAGAAUAUGGAAUAGCCUUGCCGUGUUUGUUGGACGCUGACAAAUAUUUCUGUGAGUGUUGCCGAGAGCUGCUGGACACGGUAGAUAACUACGCCGUGCUCCAGCUGGACAUCGUGUGGUGCUACUUCCGCCUGGAACAACUGGAAUGCCUUGAUGAUGCAGAAAAAAAAUUAAACUUGGCCCAGAAAUGCUUUAAAAAUUGUUAUGGAGAAAAUCAUCAGAGACUGGUCCACAUAAAAGGAAAUUGUGGGAAAGAGAAGGUACUGUUUUUAAGACUCUACUUACUUCAAGGUAUCCGAAACUAUCACAGUGGAAACGAUGUAGAGGCUCGGGAGUGUCUUAACAAGGCACAGCAGCUCUUUAAAGAGCUAUAUAUUGAUCCAUCAAAAGUUGAUAAUUUGUUGCAGUUGGGAUUUACUGCCCAGGAAGCCCGGCUUGGCCUGAGGGCGUGUGAUGGGAACGUGGAUCAUGCGGCCACUCAUAUUACCAACCGCAGAGAGGAACUGGCCCAAAUAAGGAAGGAGGAAAAAGAGAAGAAAAGACGCCACCUGGAGAAGAUCAGGUCCCUGAAAGGGAUGGGCUACUCCACGCACGCAGCCCAGCAGGCGCUCCACGUGGCCAGCGGGAACCUGGACGAGGCCCUGAAGAUUCUGCUCAGCAAUCCUCUGAUGUGGUUAAACGAUUCCAAUCCUGAAACCAACAACCGUCAGGAAAGUCCUUCCCAGGAAAACAUUGACCAACUGGUGUACAUGGGUUUUGACACACUUGUGGCCGAAGCUGCACUGAGAGUAUUCAGAGGCAACGUCCAGCUGGCUGCCCAGACCCUUGCUCACAACGGAGGAAGCCUGCCUGCUGAGCUGCCGCUUUCGCCAGAAGGCUCCUUGUCCUCGCCAGCCACAUCCCCUUCAGACUCCGCAGGAACCUCCAGUGCCUCAACAGACGAAGACAUGGAGACAGAGGCUGUCAAUGAGAUUCUGGAAGACAUUCCAGAGCACGAGGAGGACUACCUCGACUCAACUCUGGAAGAUGAAGAGAUUACUAUCGCAGAGUACCUAUCCUACGUAGAAAAUACAAAGUCAGCAGCAAAGGAAAACUAGAUAUUGAACAGGAAUAAGUACGAAGUUUCUGCUUAUAAAUGUUAUCAUUCUGAAAAGGCGAAUGCAGGUCUUUCUGUUCUUACUUUUUGUCUGAAUUGCUAGUCCUCUUUGGUGUAGGAGGGACGGGCAGGGGAUAAGGCCAGCAAGGGUCCCAGGGCCUUCACGCGUGGUCUCGGGGAAGAAGCUUCCUCUGGCCCAGCGCAGGCCGCCCCUUCUGCCUCCCGGGUGUGCAUCCCUAAACCCUCCCCAGCCUGAUGUUUCACGCUGAAGCAGGAAGGAGACUGGCUGCUGCAGAACGGGUCCUGGGAAGGGCGCCCGGACCGCUUCUUCUCCAGCCCCAGCUCCAUCUGCUCGGCUCGCCUGCACCUGAUGCCCAUGGCUUUCCUGCUUCCCCCGCUACCAUCUCUGCCAGGGUGCCCCAUGGGUUCCUGGGCCCCCUUCCCCCGCCCCUCAACAUAUACUUUAAGUCUUCCUCCCAGUUGCUGUGGGGCGUAACGCCAAGGCGCAGGCCUCGGGGGCCAAAGCAGGUUGCAGCAGAUGCCUUCAGCCUGGGACAUCGGUGUUUUCUGCUCUUAGCUCAGUAAAAUAUGCCCCCAAAAUUCCAGGUUGAGUGUCAGACUUGAUAUAUAUUCAACAUUCCUCAUUACAAAAAUCUUUUAUUGAAUGGGAAAGGUGUAAAUGCUAACCAAAGCAACUUAUUUUUAGUAUUUUUAGACUCUAUGCUGCCAUAGUGAACUCACUGCUAGCUAAGAGACCUAUCAGAGAUUUAGAUAUAUUUUCUCCAGGUUUUCUGUGGAGUUUUGGGUUCUAACCGUGUGACAGAAGGCUUUCUAAAAGCAUGUGGUUCGCUGUGUGUCGGCUUCAGGAAGCGUCCUCACUGCACCUCGCACUCCUGUGACAUGCAUUCGGUGGGGGUUCCUUCCAGCGCCAGGACCCCAGCAGCAGCCAGUGCAUCUGAGACUUCUCCUGCCUUCCGGAAGGCGCUAGAAGCUCCUCUGAUGGAAGGCAGGAUAGGUCAUGUGGGGCCGGCUGAAAUGCUUCCACUUUUUCAUAAAGCAUGGGUGCUCCGGUUUGGACUGAUGGGAAUCUUCUUGUGAUUCUUUUUAAAUGGAUGAUACUGAUGGAAAUAAAAGGUGGAAAAUAUA